AUGGCUGAAAUAUCACCACUUCGUAAGGCGGAAAUAUCACAACUACCGGUAGCAAUUAAAGCAGAUAAUGCUAAACGAAAUGCGCUUCCACCAAGUAUUCGAUUGGAUCAUAAACUGGAAAUGGUGCUACCUGAGGGAAUUAAUGGAAAUGAAAGCGCGAAGGACUCGCGUUCAAAACGAGCAAAAAUGUAUUCCGGAUAUUGUUUACGACCAUUUCCUGCUGCUCGAGGCAAUUAUGCCAUUGAUUACUCCAGGAAAACAAACAUCAAAUUACGAAAAGAGAUAACUCAAGGUGAUCAGGAAGACGCAUUUCUGUUGCAUAUCGUAGAAGGUUAUAGUUCAGCAGUGUUACCAAUAAAACAUGCUGGCAAUGGAACGCAGUCUUCAUCCGUUCAUGAAUACGAUGCACCGCAGUUAAUUGUUGCUGAAAAUGAAAAAAUGUUUGUAGAAGAAAUGAUUGGUGAUCAAGUGGUGGUCAAGGAAAAAAGUCUUGUCGAUACAGUAUAUGCGCUAAGAGAUCAACUUAAUAAUGUACAAAAGGAAUUACUUCAAUUAAAUAAGACACUUGAUCGAGAACAAAAAUCACGCCGUCGUCUAGAAGAAAUGGUAAGACGACUGUGUCAACAACUGCAACAGCAGCAACAACAUGGACAAAAACUUUCAACAAAUUUAAUUUCCAAGGCACCCCUGUCAGCACGUGAUUAA